GCUAGUGCCUGCUUGUAUCGGUGGCGAUUUUUGUGUUUACAUUUUGCACAGUAGCCUAACAAUGUAUUUUAAGGCUGUGGGCUCAGCAUUGGCUCGUACACUGUGGACAAGAGGACAAAGGACACCUCCUGCUGCAACAUCCCCCAAAGUGAACAGACUUUCUACAACGUGCAGCGUGUCAAAAAGUUGCAGCUCUGACUCAGACAGACCGAGUGGCGAGGGGCCAUCUCCCAGCAGCGAGCCGCCGCACAAAUUCACGACUGCCGACAAGAAGCGACCCAAGGAGCCCGUUGGUGCUCCGGGUGUUAAUGGUGCCAGAAGAAGGUCAUGCACCUCCGCUGCUCCGGUGAGCCAGAGCACCUACCUGUGGGCCCGGUACAACGACACGAAACGGCUGGUUCACGACAUCAUCCCACCGGGUGCGUGUAACCUCCUCAACUCCUCCACCAUCUAUGCCAACAACGAGGUGGACCUGGCUGAAGUGGACAUCUACGGCUUUGACUAUGACUACACACUGGCUCUGUACUCAAAUGCACUCGAAAAAAUGAUCUACAAUACAGCAAGAAACUUCCUAAUCAAACACUUUAAGUACCCUGAAGGCAUCCAAAGAUAUGAUUACAUUCCCAACUUUGCUGUCCGAGGUCUGCACUAUGACAUCCAAAAGGGUCUUCUGAUGAAGAUAGAUGCCUUUCAUUACAUUCAGGCAGGAACAGUGUAUCGGGGACUGAGCCCAGUGCCAGAUGACGAGGUCCGUCAGCUCUAUGGGGGGACUUUCCAUGUCCCACUGCAGCAGGACAGUGGCUUCUAUGGAAAAGGACCAAAGAUUAAGCAGUUCAUGGAUAUUUUCUCCAUUCCUGAGAUGAAUCUCUUGGCUUCAGCAAAUGAUUUUUUCAUCUGCAACGACAUCGACUACGAUCCAGUUCACCUCUUUAAGGACGUCUCGGAAGCGAUUGGCAUGGUUCACCUGCAAGGCUACAUGUACAAAUGGGUCAUGGAAGAUCUUGAUAAGUAUAUUCUGAGAGGAGAGGAGACAGACGCUGUUUUGCACCGAUUGGUCAGUAAAGGAAAGAAACUGUUCCUCAUCACCAACAGUCCCUUCAGCUUUGUGAAUAAAGGAAUGACACACAUGGUGGGAAAAAACUGGAGAGACUUCUUUGAUGUUGUCAUUGUCCAGGCAGAAAAACCUCACUUCUUCACUGAUUGUAUCAAACCCUUCAGGCGCUUGGAUAGUAAUGGAAACCUUCAGUGGGAAAAGAUAAACAGUCUGGACAAAGGAGAGAUCUACAAACAGGGAAACCUGUUUGACUUUCUCAGACUGACAGGGUGGACAGGAUCAAAGGUCCUUUACUUUGGAGACCACCUCUACAGUGACUUGGCUGACCUGAUGUUGCGUCAUGGCUGGCGUACAGCAGCCAUAGUGCCUGAGCUGGAGAAGGAGACCAAAGUGGUGAGCACAGACCGCUACGCUGUGAGCCUCACCUGGCUCCAGGCUUUAACCGGACUGAUGGAACGUCUGCAGAUACACAGGGACUCAGAGUCCCAAAAGAUUUUCGAGGAAUGGCAACAAGAAAGAGAAGAACUCAGGGUGAUGACAAAGAACUUGUUCAACCCUCAGUUCGGCAGCAUCUUCCGAACGUGUCACAACCCCACCUACUUCUCCAGACAUCUGUCUCGUUUCUCAGACAUCUACAUGGCCUCCCUCAGCUGUCUCUUAAAUUAUGACGAGUCGUACACGUUCUACCCCCGCCGCACCCCCCUGCAGCACGAGGCCCCGCUGUGGAUGGACCAGCUGUGCACAGGAUGCAUGAAGAUGCCUUUCCUGGAGGAGAUGUCUCAGAUUCGAUGAGACCAGUGCUCCCGUCAGAGUCUGAUUUAUUUUGUAUUUACAGUUUAUUUGAUGGCUGGUGGAUUCCUUUUCUUCUUUUGUUUGCGUUUAUAUAGUAAGGUUUCUUUUAGGUCAAGAAGGUCAAGAAGGUCCCGCACAACUCCUUGUUCUAAACAGUGACCCACUUCCCCAAUGAACCCACUAAAGGCUGCUGUAGAUUUAGCUUUGUCCAGAGAGCAUGCAUUUUCAAUGUAGAAAAGUACUGUAGAGCUAUUGUCGCACAAAACAACUAAUAAAUAAAUAAAUACAUAUCUGA